AUGGAGGGGAACAAAAAAGUGUCGGUCGCCGUUCGUGUGCGUCCGGUUCUGCGGGAGGGUGUCUCAUACGCGCAGGUUCAGGAGAAGUUUGAGCUCGAGGCUGUCCACCGCAUGGGCGACACAUCGUUGAAGGUGGAACUCCAGCGGCCGGGGGAGCCGACGCGAAGCAGCAUGUUCAACUUCGACUACAUAUUCGACCAGGAGAGCACGCAGCUGGAGGUGUACGAGGAAGCGGUCGUCGACCUCGUAGACGCUGCCUUGACCGGCGCAAAUGCCACCAUUCUGGCGUACGGCCAGACGGGGUCUGGCAAGACCUUCUCUGUGCUGGGCGAGGUAAAGCCGAACCCACUCGAGAACGAUCUCCUCACGCACAACAGCGGCUUGUUCUUGCGUGUACUGAGUGAUUUGCUUGAAUACAAAAUGCGUCGCGCCAAGAAAGGUUUCCACGUUGUUAUUGGGCUUAGCUGCGUCGAAAUAUACAACGAGAACAUUCGAGAUCUCUUCGGUGGGACGCCAGGAACGCCACCGCCGCCGCUGAAGGCAGUUAUGAUUGGCGAUGAGGUGCUGCUCCCUUCCCUCAUCAUUAAGGAAAUGAAGUCUUUGCAGGGAGUAUUUAAUGAGAUUCAGCUUGCCAUAUCCCGACGGAAGAGCAGAUCAACGGAGGUCAACGCCGCUUCCAGCCGAAGCCACUGUUUGUUUCUCAUUGAUAUAUUACAACAGGCGGCCACUGCCCCUCCGCCUUCGAUAUCGAUUCUGGAGAUAAAGAAGGGCUCAAAAGGAAAUGAGGCCAAACGAGUUGUGUCAACUGGGGCCGGGCCGGGGGAAAUGCAGUUCGACGGUUUGGUGUAUCGUAUUCCUGGCCAACAGGAGCCCAUUUAUGCAAGCAAAAUACUAUUGGCCGAUCUUGCUGGCAGCGAAAAAAUUGCAAAGAGCGGUGUCUCGGGGGAAGGGCUGGCGGAGGCCACCUCUAUCAACAGCAGCCUCACCGCACUGGGCAAUGUGGUUCACAGUCUUUAUGAAGGGGGCUAUGUGAGUUAUCGCACCUCAAACUUGACGUGUCUCCUCAAGCCCACCUUCAGCCAUCCCAACUCACGCGUUCUGCUUCUGUCGCAAGUUUCACCGACUCAGUUGACGUUUGAUGAAACGAUCAGUACACUUCACUUUGCCAAUAAGGUGAAGGCGAUGAAGGUGACAACGACGACAGGCGCUGAAGCGGAAAAACUUCUAUUCGAUUACCUUGAGACUGAGAAGACAUACGACAGCCUCCUCGCGGAUCUUCACAUCUUCGCCGAGGAAUCGGGGUCGAAGAGCGCCGUUAUUCGAAGGAACUGUAGACAAAACGAUGGACUUUACUACAGUACAGCCGAACAGAUGAAACCAAAGCCAAACAUGAGGGAGAGGCGCUCAACAACUGAGAAUCUCGGUGCGAUUCGUUUUGCAACUGGAGAGCGCGAGACUCUGAUGAAGGCAAAGCAGCAGGAGGAGGCUGAAAGCGAAAUGAAGCGAGAAAAAAUGAUUCGUGAUGAGGCAACAAAAACGGUGGCGGAGCAUGCGAACCUCAUCGAGGAGACACGCGAAAGCAUCAACAGGGAGAAGGAAACCUCUAAACAUGUUGGUGCCCAGGACCUUCAGGUUGCCUCACUCACAGGGGCCUCUGUCCUCCAGACUGAGGAAUCCGCUGCGUACGCCGCGUUGAUGUCGGCGUUUGCUGCUGAGCAGAUAAGCCUCUGCCAGAAGAGUAUACAGGAAAGCGAAAACAAGCAAGAGGCCGUCAGCAAUGAACUCAACGCGCAACGCCUGUCGGCUGGUGAGAUGCCUGAGGUUGCAGAAGACAAUUAUAAAUAUGCGCAAGCGUGCUGGGGCCAUUCAACGGCGAAGAAGUUCUUUGCAAAAUACGUUGAGCUUCGUGAGAUUCAAACGCAGAUGAUGGCGCUGGAGAAGGGAGUCACCGUCCUCGAGCGUUGGAAGGCGGAGCACGCAGCGACGCUGCAGGAUGGACCGAGUGAGAUAUCGAGGGCCGUAGAAUAA